GGUGUUUUGUAGGAAGUUUUUCCAGACAGUGUCAGAUGACAUCAUUGUCUGUAAUAGUGGGAGUGUGGGUGGAGGGUGGAGCUUGUAACCUCCCAGCUGCACACUAUAAAAAUGCCUAACUUAUGUCAGUCUUCCAGACAUCAGCCGCAGCAAAAGAGCAGACAGAAAAUUGCGAGAGAGACAGAGACUACAAGGAUGCUUUGCGUUUACAUGUUCCUGUUGCUGACCCUUGGCAGAAAAGGGUUAGCAUCUCUGCAAGACAAGCAAACUGACUUUGGUCUGAAGCUGUUCUUUCAACUGAGCCAAGACUCCUUGGACAGGAAUGUAGCCGUCUCCCCCUAUGGCGCUGCCUCUGUGCUGUCUAUGGCUCAGCUUGGCGCUGCUGGAAACACCCGGAAGGUGUUAAGAGCUGCGCUGGGCUUUUCUCUGCAAGAGCGCAGCGUUUCUCAACAGCAGCGUCUCCUGCAGCGGGAUUUGUCCAAUGAGGAGGGCAUCGAAAUUGCUAGUGGGGUCAUGGUGGAAAGGAAAAUGAGCCUGGAGAAGAGGUUCCGUCGGUCGCUGGCAAAGGCUUUCCAGACCCAUCCUCACCAAGUGGACUUUACUAAGCCAGACCAGGCAGUCAAUGUCAUUAACUCAUGGGUGUCGGACUACACUGCAGGUGCCAUCCCUGCAUUCUUAGACCCUGGAUCUCUCACUGAUGAGACACGCCUGAUCCUCUUGAAUGCUCUCCACUUUCAGGCCCUAUGGAAAGUUCCUUUUGACCAAAGACACAGCCAUGAAAGGAUGUUUCACUGUGCUAAUGGGAGCACAGUUCCAGUGUACAUGAUGAGCCUCACCAACUACUUCAACCAUGGCGAGUUUGUGACUUCUGACGGUGUGGACUAUGAUGUCAUCGAGGUCCCCUAUGAAGGCGAUUCAAUGAGCAUGCUGCUCGUGUCACCCUUUGAGCAUGACGUUUCUCUGACGACUCUCAGUGCUGAUCUGAGCAGUCAAAGGAUCCAGCAGUGGAGAGCCGAAUUCAGACGAGUCAAAAGGCAGCUGACUAUUCCCAGGUUUACUUUGGAUUCAGAGGUGGACAUGAAAACUGCUCUAGUUAAAAUGGGACUAGGAAACAUGUUCAACCUGGCAAGUGCUGACUUCACACGCAUAACCAUGGAUGAAAGGCUGUGUGUGUCAAAGGUUCUUCAAAGAGUAAAGAUUGAGGUGAACGAACAUGGAACCAAGGGAGCAGCAGCAACUGCGGCUGUCAUGUUCUCACGUAUGGCAGUAGAAGAAAUCACACUUGACCGGCCGUUCCUAUUUCUCAUUCAGCACAAACACACAGGUGCUCUUCUCUUCAUGGGUCAGUUCAACCAGCCUCAACAAUAACAUUAAUGUCUAAGGAGCUGCAUUUAUUCGAUAACCUGAAUAAAAACCACAGUGGACCACAUGGCACAAUGAGACAUCAUAUUAAAAAAGACAGACUGACAGACUGGGAAGCUCACUGAAAGACUUUGGAUGUUACCUUUCUAUUUAUUUCUAUAACUGUUUGUGGUCGUACUAUAAAUGAUGAGUGAGUAGUUAGUAAGUUACUGUUGUUUGACACGACAGAUGUUAAUGCACUUCACAUACAAACAGUUUGCUGCACAUAUACUGGUAAUGCUUUCUUACAAAGAUGUAUUUUUACAGUUCAUUUUAUUGUUGUUAUUACUUUAUAUUGCAUUUAUAUUUUUCCAGUUGUUGUAUUUAUUAAAAGUAUAUGUUUACAUAA